AUGGUUCGCGAGAGUGGCAUCUCGGCUACAAAGCCUGUCUUUCCUAAUUUCCUGCUGCCUAGCAUCAAGCUUCCUUUCUCCCGUCGCCACUCAACCUCUUCGAGCUCUGCAGAAUCUGCCGCAUCGUCAGCGGUGACAACUCCAGCAAGCUCACCUCCGAACGAUGGUCUCUUGUCCAAGUCUGGACGAGGCCGGUUGUCCCGUACCUCGCCAAAUACGUUGCGCUGCUCGACAUGCUCCGCAGAUAUCGCCUUUGCCUCCCAGGUCAUCUCGAAGGGCUUCACCGGCCGGUACGGACGGGCGUUUCUUGUCGCACCGCCUGCUCUCCCUGCUUCUCAGACCCUGAGCAACAUACGGGUGGGAAAAAGUGAGAAUCGGCAACUCGUAACAGGGUGGCAUGUCGUUGCUGAUAUCAACUGUGGGGCGUGCUCGAGCAAACUUGGUUGGAAAUACGUGGAUGCCAAGGAGCAGAGCCAAAAGUACAAAGUCGGCAAGUUCAUUCUAGAAAUGGAACGAGUCGUUACAUAUCGGAGUUGGGAAGACGCCAUUGAUGAGCACGAUGAGGAGGCUACCAUGGCACCUAAGAAAGGUGAGGAAGAGGAAGUCGAGUUCGAUUCUGACGACGACGAUGAGUGUGAGGAUAUCUUUGCAGGGACCUGGGACCCCGAGGUCGUAGAAGAAAGGCGAAGGAGGAUGAUGGCACGUCGAAGUCAAGCUGAGAGUGACGAGUAG